UCAUCCCAUUUCUUUUUCGCCUACAAUAUCAAUUUCAGCUCUGGAAUCUGAUCUGGGUUCUCUUGAAAUCGUAAAUUCGGGCUUUACUUAGCCAUGGGUCUCUGUUUCAGCAAGGGCAAGGUUCAGGAAACAACUAAACCAAAUGCUAAUCGGUACAGACCAAUAGGAAACGAAGGCGUCGGUGGCGGUGGAGGAUUUGCGGCAAGGCAUCAACAGAGAACUCAGCAACCUAUGGUUCAGCAGUCCGAAGCUCCUGACCAGCAAACCCACCCGGUACCUGUAAAGCGGCCGGCACCGGUACAGCCGCCUGCUCCUUCCCCUUUAAAGCAGCCUUCUCCUCAUGCAGUUGUUCACAAGCCAGAUACCAUUCUAGGAAAGCCAUUGGAGGACGUGAAGUCGUAUUAUACUCUUGGCAACGAACUGGGUAGGGGUCAAUUUGGGGUGACCUACCUCUGCACAGAGAACUCGACUGGCCACACUUAUGCCUGCAAGUCCAUAUUAAAGAGGAAACUUGUCACUAAGAAUGAUAAGGAAGACAUUAAAAGGGAGAUUCAGAUCCUGCAACAUGUAACUGGGCAGCCUAACAUUGUGGAAUUUCGCGGUGCUUUUGAGGAUUUGCAAUCAGUUCACCUUGUCAUGGAGCUCUGCGCCGGUGGAGAGCUCUUUGAUCGGAUUAUUGCGAAAGGGCACUACUCUGAGAGGGCAGCUGCCUCCAUAUUCAGGUCCAUUGUCAAUGUUGUCCACAUCUGCCAUUUCAUGGGUGUGAUGCAUCGAGAUCUCAAGCCUGAGAAUUUCUUGCUUUCCAGCAAGGACGAAGGAGCCAUGCUGAAGGCCACCGACUUUGGGUUAUCUGUCUUUAUUGAGGGAGGCAAGAUGUACCGAGACAUGGUUGGGAGUGCUUACUAUGUUGCUCCUGAAGUCCUACGGCGUAACUAUGGGAAGGAAAUCGAUAUUUGGAGCGCAGGAGUUAUCUUAUAUAUUCUACUCAGUGGUGUUCCUCCUUUCUGGGCUGAAACGGAGAAGGGAAUAUUUGAUGAGAUAUUAAAAGGAGAUAUAGACUUUCUAAGUGACCCUUGGCCAUCAAUAUCAAGCAGUGCCAAAGAUCUGGUCAGAAAGAUGCUAACACAAGAUCCAAAAAAGCGGAUUUCUUCAGCACAAAUUCUUGAGCACUCAUGGCUGAGAGAAGAUGGCGAAGCAUCAGACAAACCAAUAGACAGUGCAGUUCUCUCUAGGAUGAAGCAAUUCAGGGCGAUGAACAAGCUCAAGAAGCUUGCACUGAAGGUGAUUGCGGAAAAUCUUUCUGAAGAAGAAAUUAAAGGGCUGAAGGAAAUGUUUGCGAACAUGGACACGGACAACAGUGGUACAAUCACUUACGAAGAAUUGAAGGCAGGGUUGGCUCGACUUGGAUCAAAGCUAUCGGAAGCUGAAGUUCGGCAACUAAUGGAAGCUACUGAUGUUGAUGGAAAUGGUACAAUCGACUACCUUGAAUUCAUCACCGCUACAAUGCAUAGACACAGGCUAGAACGGGAUGAGCAUCUAUACAAAGCGUUUCAGUAUUUCGAUAAAGAUAAUAGUGGGUUUAUCACGAGAGAUGAAUUGGAAACAGCCAUGAAGGAGUAUGGAAUGGGUGAUGAAACCAGCAUCAAGGAAAUAAUACAGGAAGUGGACACAGAUAAUGAUGGAAGGAUCAACUAUGACGAGUUCUGUACAAUGAUGAGAAGUGGAGUGCAGCAACAUCCGGUGAAGCUUUACUAGUUUCACCAAUGACCGGCUCUGCAUGUUUGAACUAGUUUGCAAAUUACAUUUAAUUUGAUGACCAGGUCGACCAAACCAUGAGAGUCCAACUCAAUGGCUCCUGGAGAACAGUCUCAUCAGAGGUCUAACAUAUGUUGCUGAUAUUCAGUGGAUCCUUUUGUAAACUAUCUUCAGAUUUGUUGUGAUCUUCAAUACAAAGGGCCUUUUGCAGUGUUCGUAGUUGGAGGUGUAUAGUCUUUCAAGAA